UUCGCCUCGCGCCUGUCAGAAUUAAGCCGGAUAGCUGCCGCUGAUUUGGACGAAAGGAGCUGCCUGUUGGUCACUGAGAUUUAAUGAUAAAGUCCAAAAUGAGCAAUAAAACGACGUCUCUCCUCUUCAGGGCGCUGAUGGAUAUGAACGAAAUCCACAUUUCAAGGGUCGCGCGGGGAAACACCAAACAAACGCAGUUCAGACGUUUGAGCUCCUGCGGCAUUUUGGCUGCCAGGAGGAGCAGCCUCCAGCUCCUUCCUGCCACACCUGUCACUACAAACAGCCGCAGCUUCAUCAACCUGGCCGCCCCCAUCGCCGCCCGCAGGGUCGAGUACACCGAGAGCCGGAUAUUACAGUACACUCCAGAGCAAAUGUUCAAUGUGGUGGCCAAUGUGGACAAGUACCGGUAUUUUGUUCCCUGGUGCAAGAAGUCAAGGAUGAUCAAGGGGCCAGGAGAUAGCAUCCAGGCAGAGCUUGAAAUAGGCUUUCCUCCCAUCACUGAACGCUACACGUCUGAGCUCACCCUCGUUCCAAACCACCAAGUCAAAGCUGUGUGCACCGUUGGAUCCCUCUUUAGCCAUCUUGAAACAGUGUGGAGGUUUGCCCCCGGUGCCAAAGACCGACCAGACUCUUGCAAAGUGGAUUUCUUUGUGUCAUUUGAGUUCAAGUCUCUUCUGCACUCUCAGCUGGCCAGUGUGUUCUUUGAUGAAGUGGUGAAGCAAAUGGUCAGUGCCUUCGAGUCCCGAGCAGCAACACUUUACAGGAGCCGCCCAGAGGCUUCUUUGCGGAGACAGUCAACAUUAGGCGGCACCCUUUGACCCUGCCUCCAUCCAUGUUCCACCAGACUAUUUACCCAACCCUGAAUUCCUGCUGAUUUACGUACUAUCCACAGCUGUCGAAAACAAAGGACUGGAUCUUUUCUUUGAACGGACUCGUAUCUUGUUUCUAAGAUGACUCAUACAUGGAAUGGACUUGAUUUUAUUUAUUUGUCAACCACAAACUAAUUUAUUUACAUUGCUGUAUAUUUGUAUUUAUUUUAAUGGUAA